AUGUUGUAUAUCACAUUCAAAGCCCAGGAUGCUGCAACUGCUGAUGGAGAAGAUGAUUCUACUAAAAUAUUUCAAGCCCUGGUGUGUCGUGGGAUAGUUAAAAACGAAGUCGAUUUUUGUAGGCUGAAACCCAAACCGAGUCAUUCAAUAAGAGAUUUGAAUUCCGGUUGGCUAGGGCCAAAAUCUGUUAGGUUGAUUAAUCCGUGGCUCGGCAAGAGACACUCUACCUUUGUCAUAUUGUUCUACUUUUGUCACGUGUCCCUAUUAAAUGAUCUAACUAUGAGCAAUAAUACUUUGAGCCAACUACAUACCAUUGGUUUUCAUUCGUAGCUUACGUUUUCUCUUGGAUCAUCAAUAUUUAUAAAAAGAUC